CUCACGUCUCCAGUUAUAAUUCAACCAUGAGGGUAAAAUGUUUGCUGCUGGUUCUAUUUUUUGUUUAUGUACAUUCUUUACCAGACCAAAGGCCUUGUCGAUGUCCUGGCGGAUGCAAAAACAAGGAUUACUCGGGUUCAUGCGAGCACGGAGGAAGAAACCCUGAGAAGUCACAGUGGCGAGUGGAGGGGGAAAGAUGCGCAAAUAAGUUCUGUAUGGGCCUAUUGUGCAGAACUGUCUCAGGUAAGAAUGAAUGCAAAUCGUAUAUCAGGCGAGCAGAAGACAAUAUGAACCAUCUGAUCAAACUGUAUGAGGCCCGUCAGAGAGAAAAGUAUCCACACAGUAUUGACGAGGAUUACGAGGUUAUACGAUCAUACGGCGAUGACAGAGUGACAUCUCAAACUCCUCAUGCAGGGAAAGAGGCCUCCAAGCAGGAUAAUAAAUUGUAUGGAUCACAUGAGCAAGAAAACCCCUAUAAGGACGGUGAAUAUACGAUUGUAAAUAAAGAGUGUGGAGUGGUAAAUAUCAAUGUGCAUAAACAUACAUACGAGUGUCAAGGGAAGAUUUCUGGGGAAAAACAGAAUAAAGAAUUCUACGAUGGAUACAAAAAUCAACACGUGAAAGAAAAGGGAAAAGAACGUAAGGAAAAUGAAGACAUCUCGGAACACACAGAAGAAUAUGAAGGAUACAACGGGGAACGUAUUAAAUUAAAAGAUACAAUGCCUGAAAAAUAUGAGCGAAAAGAGUCCAGUAAAGAAAAUUAUCAAUUUGGUAAAAAUGAACAUCGGGAAAAGGGAAGAUACCAAAGUGACCACUACGAAGGAUCCAACACAAACAACAAUUCAGGACACUACGAAGAUGAAAACCACGGUAAGGAAUAUGACCGUGAUAGACCCUACAAAAAGGGAUACGAAAGUGAAAACCGUCACAAAAAGGGAUAUAGCCGUGAAGAAGGCGACGAUGAAGAACAUGUCCAUGAAAAAUACCACAAUAAAGAAGAUGAAGGGAAGAAUAAAAAAUACGACCAUGAAGGGCAAAACGAUGGACACUACCGUAAGAAAUACGACCGUAUAGGAAACAUCGAUGUAGAAUAUGACGAUGGUCACAAAGAUAAGGAAUAUGACCGUAAUAGGCACCACAAUAAAGGAGAAGGGCGUGAUAAAUAUAACGAUAAGGGAGACACGCGCUAUCGGCACUACAAGAAAUCCAACAAUGAAAUGCACGAAAAGGAAUUGGUACAUGACAAAAACCAUAAAAAUGAUCAUUAUAGACACCACAAUGACGACAACUACCAUAAAGGAGAAGACGAUGAGAGAUACGGCCAUAAAGAAGACGACAAUGGAAAAUUAUACCGUAAAGAAGACACCGAUGAGCAAUACGACAAGAAAGAAGACGGUAGUGCAAAAUACGGCCGCAAUGAAGGCAACGACGAGAGACACAAUUAUAAUGGACACCAUGUGAAAACUAAAGAUAAAAAUCAAAAUCAAAAGGAUUACCAUUGGGACAAUCAGGAUGACCAAAGAAACUCAGAUCACAAAAACGAAAACCAAAAGAUACAGAAAGACAAAAAUAAAGAAGAAGAAAAAUUGGAACGUUAUAUGAAAUAUCACACAAACGAUGAACACAAGGAACAAAAUUAUCAUAAGGAGCACAAUAUGAACCAUUACGAAAAGGAGAAUGACAAGGAGCAUCAAAACGGUGAUAACCAGUAUAUAGGGGUAGAAAACAAAGAAAAUGACUCGUACUAUCUCAAAAAAGAUGAACGAAACGACAAAUACAAGAAUUACAACAAAAAGAAACACGAGAUGGACCAUCAUGACGGGGAUAACCACAAAACAGGGAAACACAACAAGGGACAUGACUCGAACCAUGGCAAAAAAGAGGAAGGCAAGGAACAACACGACAAAUACAAACAUUACGAUAAAAAGAAAGACGAGAUGGACCAUGACGAAGGGGAUAGCGACAAAAUAGGAAAACACAACAAGGGACAUGAAACGAAACAUCACAAAAAAAAUGAACGCAAGGAGCAACACGAAAAAUACAAGCAAUACGACCAAAAGAAACACGAGAUAGACCAUCACGACGGGGAUAACGACAAAAUAGGGAAACAUGACAAGGGACAUGACUUGUACCAUCACGAAAAGGAGAAUCGUAAGGAACAACACGACAAAUACAAGCAUUACGACAAAAAGAAACAUGAGAUAGACCAUCACGGCGGGGAUAACGACAAAAUGGGAAAACACAACAAGGGUCAUGACUUGUACCAUCACGAAAAGGAGAAACGCAAGGAACAACACGACAAAUACAAACAUUACGAAAAAAAGGAACACGAGAUGGGCCAUCACGACGGGGAUAGCGACAAAAUAGAGAAACACAACAAGGGGAAUGACUCGUAUCAUCACGAAAAGGAGAAUCGUAAGGAACAACACGACAAAAACAAGCAUUACGACAAAAAGAAACACGAGAUAGACCAUCACGGCGGGGAUAACGACAAAAUAGGGAAACAUGACAAGGGACAUGACUUGUACCAUCACGAAAAGGAGAAACGCAAGGAACAACACGACAAAUACAAACAUUACGAAAAAAAGGAACACGAGAUGGGCCAUCACGACGGGGAUAGCGACAAAAUAGAGAAACACAACAAGGGGCAUGACUCGUACCAUGACGAAAAGGAGAAUCGUAAGGAACAACACGACAAAUACAAACAUUACGAAAAAAAUGAACACGAGAUGGACCAUCAAGACGGAGAUGAUCACAAAAUAGGGAAACCCAACAAGGGACAUGACUUGUACCUUCACGAAAAGGAGAAACGCAAGGAACAACACGACAAAUACAAACAUUACGAAAAAAAGGAACACGAGAUGGGCCAUCACGACGGGGAUAGCGACAAAAUAGAGAAACACAACAAGGGGCAUGACUCGUAUCAUCACGAAAAGGAGAAUCGUAAGGAACAACACGACAAAUACAAACAUUACGACAAAAAGAAACACGAGAUAGACCAUCACGACGGGGAUAGAGACAAAGUAGGGAAACACAACAAGGGGAAUGACUCGUAUCAUCACGAAAAGGAGAAUCGUAAGGAACAACACGACAAAAACAAGCAUUACGACAAAAAGAAACACGAGAUAGACCAUCACGACGGGGAUAGAGACAAAAUAGGGAAACACAACAAGGGGCAUGACUCGUAUCAUCACGAAAAGAAGAAUCGUAAGGAACAACACGACAAAAACAAGCAUUACGACAAAAAGAAACACGAGAUAGAGCAUCAUGGCGGGGAUAACGACAAAAUACGGAAACAUGACAAGGGACAUGAGUCGAAACAUUACAAAAAAGAUGAACGCAAGGAACAACACGAAAAAUACAAGCAUUACGACAAAAAGAAACACGAGAUAGACCAUCACGACGGGGAUAGAGACAAAAUAGGGAAACACAACAAAGAGAAUGACUCGUAUCAUCACGAAAAGGAGAAUCGUAAGGAACAACACGACAAAUACAAACAUUACGAAAAAAUGGAACACGAGAUGGGCCAUCAAGACGGGGAUAACCGGAAAAUGGGAAAACACAACAAGGGUCAUGACUCGUACCAUGACGAAAAAGAGGACAAAAACCACAAACAACAUGACAAAUAUAAGCAUGGUGACAAAAAGAAACAUGUCAUGGACCAUGACAACGGGGAUAACCAUACAAUAGGGAAACCCAAAAAGGGACAUGACUCGAACCAUGACAAAAACGGCAAACACAAGAAACAAGAUGAGAAAUAUAAGCAUGGUGACAAAAAGAAACAUGACACGGACCAUCAUAACGUGGAUAGCCACAAAAUAGGGAAACCCAACCAGGGACAUGACUCGAACCAUGACAAAAACGGCAAACACAAGAAACAAGAUGAGAAAUAUAAGCAUGGGGGCAAAAAGAAACAUGACACGGACCAUCACAACGGGGAUAACCACAAAAUAGGGAAACCCACCAAGGGACAUGACACGAAGCAUGACGAAAAGGGCAAACAACAGAAUCAACAUGAGAAAUAUAAGCAUGGUGACAAAAAGAAACAUGACACGGACCAUCACAACGGGGAUAACCACAAAAUAGGGAAACCCAACAAGGGACAUGACUCGAACCAUGACGAAAAGGGCAAACAACAAAAUCAACAUGAAAAAAUAAAACAUGGUGACAAAAAGAAACAUGACACGGACCAUCACAACGGGGAUAACCACAAAAUAGGGAAACCCAAAAAGGGACAUGACACGAAGCAUGACGAAAAGGGCAAACAACAGAAUCAACAUGAGAAAUAUAAGCAUGGUGACAAAAAGAAACAUGACAUGGACCAUCAAAACGGGGAUAACCACAAAAUAGGGAAACCCAACAAGGAACAUGACUCGAACCAUGACGAAAAGGGCAAACAACAAAAUCAACAUGAAAAAAUAAAACAUGUUGACAAAAAGAAACAUGACACGGACCAUCACAACGGGGAUAGCCACAAAAUAGGGAAAGCCAACAAGGGCUAUGACUUGAACUAUCCCAAAAAGGAGGAACAGAAACAAGAACAUACAAAUAAAAAUAGCGAUAAAAAAGAUAAUUACAUAUCGAAAGAACAAACUUAUAACGAGCUCCUUAAGAAACAGGAUUUAAAACAGCGUGAACGCUACUCGGGAGAUGACGAUGGGAAUCAGGGCAGUAUAAUUCACGAAUAUCAGGCAAACCAAUACAAGAAACAGGAUGAUAAGAAAAGCGUUGGGGCUGAACAUGAGGACAAAAAGAUAACUGAUAUGGGAAGUGAUGCGGGGAAAAAUGUACAUGAAAAUGAAGACGUAAAUAUACAUAAGGAGACUGGGGAGAAAGAUGAUUCUGGGGAAGAAACUAUGAAAGAGAUGAAAGUCUCAUCUUUUGAGUCUUGGUCUUCAUCAUCCGAAGAAACAUCUGUUAGGGAUUGAUUCACAUAGUUCUCUUUUAAGUAGUUAGCGUAUUUAAAUAUAAUUGUGCAAUAAAGAUACUUAAUACAAAAAUU